AUUCACAUCUGCCUUAUGGCCAUCUAGACAGAUUCUCUUGCAUUUCUGGAAAAUAUAUUUCUAUUAUAAGGCUAGUCAUUAUGCACUUUGCAGGUUUAUUAUUCCUUUAUGAUUAUUAUGAAAGUGGUUUUGCAAACAAAUUGCAGCAUGGAGUCAAGAGGGGCAAAAGAGAACAUUAUGGGCUACUGUCAUCUUCUGUUUGUACAUGACAUUGAGCCAUUAUUCUGUGGCUGGUGAUAGCAGUCGUUUCCAAGAUUCCUGAUUGGGUGGAGCCCUAGCUAAAAGUCUCCCUAAAAUUUCAGCCAUUCAGUGAAAGUAACCCAUUAAGACCUGGAAUCCAUGGUUAGUUUAUUUAUCAGUAGUGUGUUCCAUAUUCACCAUGAUUUGUGCUGUUUUGAUAUCAGUUUGUGGGAACUAUGAUGAGUGAUUUGAAUGUGGAACUUGCCUAGUAAAUGCCUUAAAAGUUUUCUUGUAUUUUCUAUGUUGUUGCUGUAGUUAUCUUGCUUUAGAGCUCUUGAUUCUUUCCUUGCAACUUUUUUCUGGAAUUUAUACUGUGCCCACUUCCAUCACUGUCAAGAAUCAGUGAACCUUCUCCCCCUCUUCCCCACCAUCACCACAAACCUCCAUUUAAGGCUGACUGAUCUUCCAUUAUGUGGGUGUACGUGUUUCAUUUCCCUUUGCAUUCUCAUCUUCCCUCUUGAAUUUCUCCUCUCAGUUUAAGAAUUACUACUGCUCAAAUUGCUACAAUGGCAUCAAAGAGAAUUGUGAAAGAGCUCAAGGACUUGCAGAGGGAUCCCCCAACUUCAUGCAGUGCAGGUCCCGUGGCUGAGGAUAUGUUCCAUUGGCAGGCAACCAUCAUCGGUCCCAAUGACAGUCCAUAUUCUGGUGGUGUUUUCCUUGUGACCAUCCAUUUCCCACCUGACUAUCCUUUCAAACCUCCAAAGGUUGCCUUCCGGACCAAGGUUUUCCAUCCAAACAUUAACAGCAAUGGAAACAUCUGCUUGGACAUACUCAAAGAACAAUGGAGCCCUGCACUCACCAUAUCCAAGGUUUUACUCUCCAUUUGUUCACUGCUCACUGAUCCUAACCCUGAUGACCCUCUUGUCCCUGAGAUUGCUCAUUUGUGCAAGACUGAUAAAGUGAAGUACGAAUCAACAGCUCGCAGCUGGACCCAGAAAUAUGCCAUGGGAUAAACCCCAACUACCGCAAAGUAGACCUCACUUGACUUGAUCCUUCAAUCUUCCCCGUAUUCCACUAUGUGUAUGAGGUAUAGAGCUGGCCUAGAUAUUGUUAUUCUUGGUAUUUAUAACUUACCCUUGAAGGCUGUAACUUGGAAUUUGAGAAUCCCUUGAAAUAAAUGGCUGGCAAGAUUUGAGACUUAA